GCGUUAGCCGACAUUGAGUGACGCUUGUGCUGGGAACAAGCAGACCUGCUCGCCGCCUCCUCCUCUUCCUCCUUCUUUUUCUCGCCAUUGGACUUACAGCUUUGGAGCGCUGGGGAAAGCAGACGCGAUGGACGGCGACUUAGUGAUGAACUUCCUCAACUUGACGUGCAGCGACACCCUCGAGUCUCGCUCGACGAAGCGCACCCUGUCCCUGUCCUCUCACCCCACGUCCGGCGACCAAAGCGACUGCCUGGACUACACGACCCUCUGGCCGCUGGACCACAGCCCAUGGAGCCAACAGCCCAGCAAGAGCUUCCGACAAAACAAGCCCGACAGGUCCCUGAGCCUGACAGACGCCAGCCUGUCCGGAUUCGGGGGUCUUAAGGGACUGUCUGUGCCCCCGCCCCCGGGCUUCGCUCCCCUCACCGCCCCGGCCCCGCAGAACUCGAACCGCUACAAGACGGAGCUGUGCCGCAGCUUCCAGGAGAACGGCAACUGCAAGUACGGCAACAAGUGCCAGUUCGCGCACGGCACCGACGAGCUGCGCAUGCUCAGCCGCCACCCCAAGUACAAGACGCAAGCUUGUCGCACCUUCUACAGCUUGGGCUACUGUCCCUACGGCUCGCGGUGCCACUUCAUCCACGACAAGAGCCUCGAGAGCCUGCAGAUGUCCCACCCGGACUCUUCCAGCCCGCACGCCCGCACUCUCCGGCAGAGCGUCAGUUUCGCGGGCUUCCCGGGACCCAGAAGUUCAUCCCCGCCAACCCCGCACGACCUGUUUGCCUUCUGCAGGGCGCCGUCCGUGUCCCCGCCGCCCGCGGAGCUGCUGUCGCCCGUCUUCAGCGAGGCGGGUCUCCAGAGUCCGGCGUCGGGCUUCCAGUUCACUGCCAAGGCGGAGCCGACGUACAAAGCGCCGGAGACCCAACAGCAUAUGUGCUGCAGUUGUGGGCGCAGCAAGACCACCGGGAGCAAAAGCCCCCCUUCGUCCCUGGAGCAGGCGGGCUCGUUCGUGGGCCGCCUGGGGAUGCAGCGCUUCUCCUCGGAGGACUCCCUGUCCGACCCCGAUGGAUACAGCAGCUCGGGCAGCCUCAGCGGCUCGGAGUCGCCCUCGUUCGAGAGCUCGGGGAGUCUGCGGCGGCUCACCGUCUUCACCCGCAUGUCCCUGUCAGACUGAGAGGCGACACCGACUCGGGUGCCCGGAGCGCUCAAUGCUUCUUGUUUUUUUUUUCUUUUAUUAAUUUGAAAUAUUUGUUUAAAGGACUCUUUCUACAAAACUUGUCUUCCUUUUCCAGUGGGACAAACAACCAGCCAACCAACCAAAGAAAGCCUUAACACAAAGUGACGAACUCUCGUGGAAAUUGUGACUUCACGCCCACCCGUCCAAUGUUUACUCGAACACUGACCAGACAUGAAAGCUGUGGGGUUGCGGAGGGGGCUUCGGCCCCGGACCACCCAAAACGUUCACUUUAACCAAAGCCAAAAGGGACCGAGCGAGACCUCUCAUUCCGCCUUACUGUUGAGCCCAAAGCACUGAGGAGCCAGCGGACGCCCCCCCUUUGGGGGCUUCAGUAUUCCGACUGCACUUUAGACACCCGCCUGGCAUCGGCACCAUGUAGCAUUCUGAUGAUCCACGGGACCUCCGACGGGCGCCGGCGCUCCCCGAAUUGACGGAGGACUUGGGGGGGAGGGGGGGGGUUGGGGGGGUUGUGCCGGCGCACCAAUUACUUGUGAAGUCAGGGAUAUUCUAUUACAUAUAUAUAUAUAUUUUCACAUGUUGUUUAUUAUGAGUAAUAUUUAUUGUAUUUAUUGAGGUACAUCUACCUGCUUUGGCAUUUUGUAUCUAAUUUAUCAGAAGAGUAUUUUGGCAUCCUAACCUGGGGGAGCAUGAAUUAAAUUUAUAUUUAAAUGAAAUGAACAAUAAAAACAAGAAGAACAAAAUAAAACUGGUUUGUUGAUUUUU